CUCAGUUGUCGUCUGUCAGCUGUUCGAACAGUGGUCUGCUUCGCCGUGCUCGUGGGUUUGUGUGUGUCGUGCACCGUGCUCUGUGGAUAACCAUUACUAUUGGAUUAUCUUUUGUGUCACGCUUCCAUUAAACAGAAGCGACAUCACCGUCAGCGGCCGAGCUCCUAGAGUGUUUAGUGUGAAGUGCGCUGCGCAACCUCCGUGAAGUUCCGUAAGUUCCGGGAGUGAAUCAAAGUUCAGUAUGACCGUUUUGUGAUAAUGCUGUCGUACAUGGUCCCCAGCAUAGAGGCAAAACCUCCUCCGGUGCCGAGCAAGACCCGCUUCCAGGUGGACCUAGAGAACCCGCGGCUGACCAACGGACAUGCAGUGGUGAACGGCACCGACAUGCUGGUGACGGGACCGUGCCUGCCCGCGGACACGGGCUCCGCCCUGGCUCGGGCCAAGGGGGUGGUGAAGAACCCGCUGUCGACCGAGAGCUCGGCCAGCAGUCUGAGCAGUGGUGUGGGGGAGGUCGCCCCUACACACCAUGGCGAGAAACUCAAACCCAAACUGAUGAACGGCGGGACUAAACACACCACGUUGAAAAGGGUGUCGUUCGGCAGCUCCAAGGGCUCCAUGGUAGAGACCCAGAUCUACGAGAUCCCCGUCCAGGAGGAACCGGAAGUCAGUCCUACACCGGAUGUUGAUGAUCCGGACUACGCGAGCCAGUCUGAAGUCAGACACCCGUCCAAAGUACGAGUAACGUUCUUCGAACAGGAGAAGCCUCUGGUUGUGAGUUCUCCUGAGCCAGAGUUCUCCGACGACCUGGAUGCUCCCUUCGUCCUUAGCAUGACGUCACCCAGUCCCGUCGCCGACCAUGCCGCCCCCUACCACAGACAAACCAGUACGGAUAGUGGAUGGGACAACCCGUUCCGGCCGGACGGAGAUCUCUCAAGAGAGGCAGACGAGAUCGUCGAGUUGAUAAAGGGCGGAAAACCCAUCACACCGACGCCAGGGAGUGUAGCGCCGCCUCUACCUUCUGUGGACGUCGCGCCACUCGGCGCCGCCCCCACAUCACCCAAGGGCGCCAACGGCACCACUCCCAGCAAACCUGUGAGCACCGGGGCGCCGGGGGCGGUGGAGCUCCAGCGAGCUACGGUCUCCCCAAGUGACGCCAGCCAAGUAGAACAUGUGGUUCUGAAGAAGAAGCCCAAGUGUCGAUGCUGUGUGAUACAGUAACAAACCGACUGAUCCGUGGACCAUGGUGCAUAUUGAGUGAGCGAACAGUGAUAGCAAUCUUUGCGAUGAUCCAAAAUUUUUCAAAAAAAUGUUUAGAAGUGGAUGAAAGAUAAAAUUUACUUAACGAGUUGAAAACCUUAAUCUGUGCGGGAAAGUUCCGAUCUGGAUUUAAAUUGUGAGAAUACUAAAACUAGUCAAUUCGGCAGUGACAUGCUGUGAGUGUUCUUCAAAUAGGGUUCAAAUCCGCUUAACUGCGCCAUAGGCCUAGUUUAGAGUUAUGUGCAGUGGUUUAAAAAUCUGUGUUCAACUAUAUUUUAUGUUUUAACUGUUGUGAUACUACUUUCCGUUGCGUAGUUUAAAACUUUAUAACAAUUAUUUUAGUUUACUUAUUUUCUUUUUAUGAUCAUUGUUGGUUUGCUGCUUCAUGUGAGAGAUCAAAUGAUUAUACCGUAACCUGAGAGUUUAUCCGAAUAAAUCGAGUAUUUUUAUAUCACUUAACAAGCUGUUGUAUUUGUCAGAUAGAAGUAUUUGUCUUUUACUGCUACUGCUUUGUCAGCUAACAGGUAGAGAACUCAAAGUUUGACUUGUCUUUUUAUUCCAUGUGAUAUUUAUAUUGUAAUGUGAUAAGUCAUUAGAAUAUCUCUGCCCAAACACUGCACAUACUCUCCUCACUGCAUCUGGUCGGUGCGUUUAGUCAACCAACGACUAUCAUUGUUAGGUUUUGUUUAGUAUCGCCUAAGUAAGUGUAAUUAACAAAUUUAUAUUGUCGAUCGAUCAUUACCAUUUUAGCCUUUUUAUAUUUUUAAGGAUGUAAGUAGCUCUGCAACGCUGCAUUGUCAGUAGGAAAGUAGGAAUUGUGUAUUUUCAAUACAAGGUAUGAAUGUGAACAGCCUUAAUCCAGUAUUAUUGAUUUCAUAAGGGUUAUUUUUUAAUUUACGCUACUACCUGAAAGGCAGUUUUUAACUUUAGUUUUUAACUCAAGAUUAUUUUGUUGAAAAAAUAUUAUUAUGACGAUUAAAUCUGAAGUACAAACUGUAAUCUUGUUGAUACAGAAUCUUUAUUUUAAAAUUACAAAGCUGGAGAAAUGUUUUGUUUGUACAAAAUUUUAAAUAUAUAUUUAUAAAUUUGUGUACAUAUUGUAUGUAAACUAUCGCUAUAAAAAUUAUAACUUUAAUUUAUUCAAACAAUCAUUAUACAGCCUGUCAAGAUGUGUAAUUUUUGUAGCUUUUCCUUGGUUUCUUAAAGUUAUUGAUGUGUAUAUAUAUUUUAACCUCGAUGAUUGUAGUUGAUAUGCCUAUCGGUCAAGUUACGAUUGUAUUAUCUAUCGCUAGAUUAUUCUUUAUAUUGACUAAUACUUAUGAUUAUGUUCGAGAAAUCGCGUGUAUCAUGGUGCGUAACAUGUUAUUAUCCUAAGCAUUAUUUUAUAUUAUGUGUAAAUAGUAAAACUUAUUGAACCAUC